AUGCCGCACCCUGUCCCGCAACACAUCCGGCGCCCACCGUAUGUUGGGAAAUCACAAGAUCAGGCCGAGGACGGGUUCAAUGGCGACCCUUGGGAAGGUGAUGGGCUGAUCAAGCUGGGCACCGAGGAGGAGAGAAGGAUGCGACGAGCUGCUAGUCUAGCAAAAGAUGUCUUGACGUACGCAGGGGACUUAGUGAAGCCAGGUACAACGACGGCCGAGAUCGACUCGCUCAUCCACCAGUACAUCAUCUCCCACAACGCCUACCCCUCCCCGCUCCUCUACUCCGGCUUCCCCAAAUCCUGCUGCACAAGUGUGAACAACAUAAUUGUGCACGGCAUACCCGACGACCGUCCCCUCCAGCCAACCGACCUCGUGAACAUCGACAUCACGGUCUACCUCGACGGCUACCACGGCGACACCUCGCGCACCUUCGCCCUCUCGCCCUCCUCCCUCGACGCCCCAGGCGCACACCUCCUCGCCACCACCGAGCUCGCGCUCAACGCCGGUAUCGCCGCUUGCGGGCCCGGGCGGCCCUUCAAGGACAUCGGGCGCGCCGUCCACGCGUGCGUCGAGCGCGAGAGCAGGGCCCGCGGUAUGCAGAUGUGCAUCAGCACGCAGUUCACGGGGCAUGGGAUCGGGACGGUGUUCCACCGCCCGCCGUGGAUCCUGCAUCACCUGAAUGACGAACCGGGCGUGAUGGUCCCCGGUCAUUGUUUCACCAUAGAACCGGCUAUCAUCCAAGGUACUAACCCCCGAGGAUGGAUAUUCCCUGAUGGUUGGACUACAUCCACCGAGAACUGCGCGCGGGCUGCACAAGCCGAACACACAGUACUCAUAACAUACGACGGAGUCGACGUUUUGACGGGGUAA